CCACACGCCUCACACACGCCCACACGCCUCAUACACGCCCACAGGUCAACCAGCAGGAGCUCGUCGUCACCUCCUGCGUGGUGAGCGAGGCAGCAGAGGUGGUGUUGUGAAGUGCUGUGGUUGUGUAGGUGUGAGGCGUGAGGCUCAGUGUGGCGGCCGGAGUGAGGCCCUCACCGUGCACCACCUCCUCCUGCUGCUGCUGCCCUUCAGGAGUACCCAUGCCCCGAGCCCCUCACGCAGUACCCUAGUGCAGUGAUAACCAUUGAUAAUACCGCCCAUGUUCCCUACACCACAACUGUGAAGCAGGAGUUACAGUGGUCAUCUGCGCCGGCCAGCAAUUGAAGACGAGGCUACCACCGCUCUCCAGGAUGAUCAGAAUUCGGUACGAGAAGUUUGACAAUGAGAUGCCCGCGGGGGCCCGGGAUGAGGCUACAGGCGGGGUGGCCGCCACCUCCCCCACCCGCGGCCAGGCCAUCGACCCUUCUCAACUUAAUCUGCACCAAAAUGGACAUAUUUAUGCAGCCUCAGACAGCCAAACAAACCAUCAUGAUGUCAUCCAAAUUAGCGAGAUGGGUAGCUCGAAGGACCUGAGUCAAAAUGAAGAGAAAGAGACUUCAGGAAGCCUCACUGAUGAUGAGGACGAACAAAAACAGGUGUGGCAAAGGACAACCAAGUUCCUGGAGUAUGAUGCAGACCAGCAUGAGCUAGAGAUAGAGAUGGGUUUCGUAGACCCAUCUAAUCCUCCAGUUCCAGGCUGCAAUCUCUACUAUAUGCAGUGGCGUACUCGGCGUUUUGUAGAGCACUUCGUAGUGCGAUUAUUGACAGCACUGCUGAUUUUGAUCGACAUGAUUCUCCUCUUCGUGGAUCUCUUCAACCACUCCAUCAAUAAUGAUCCUAUCGAGUACUGCUCCCUUGCCUUCUCUACGUAUUUUAUGAUUGAAGUUACAUUAAGGAUAUUUGGCUUAGGACCUCGAGUGUUCUUCAGAGCAUGGCACAAUGCCUUAGAUUGUUUCCUGGUUGUGUUUACCUUCAUUCUGUCUGUGGUGACGGUGUGUGUGGAGAACAUGUCCUCUAAUCCGGCCAGCCUGAUUGUAGCUCUACGAUUAGUUCGUUUGGUGAGAAUAACUCGAAUUCUCUGGGAACGACGGCACCUACAGACUGGUGCUCGACAAUUUGUUUCUCAGAAUAAGAGGCGCUACCAACAAAAUGGUUUUGAUCUAGACCUCACUUAUGUCACUCCUAGAGUCAUUGCCAUGUCUUUCCCAUCUACGGGUCAAAUGUCCAUGUAUAGGAAUGAUAUUAAGGAAGUCGCUCGCUUUAUGGACAGUCAACAUCCUGGCCAUUACCGCCUCUACAACCUUUGCUCAGAGCGACAUUACGAUGUAUCACGUUUCCAUAAUAGAGUCGAACGUUUCCUUAUCGAUGACCACAACGUUCCUCCUCUUGUGGAUAUGGUAAAAUUCAGCGCCAGUGUACGUGACUGGAUGAAUAAAGAUGAUAAAAAUGUAAUAGCUGUCCACUGUAAGGGUGGCAAGGGUCGAACUGGAACAAUGAUUUGUGUCUUUCUCAUUGAUCUUGGGAUAUUCCGUGAUGCAGAACAUUGCCUUGGUUACUUUGGAGAUCGCCGCACAGACAAAAAUGUAGCUUCAAAGUUCCAAGGAGUGGAAACUCCAAGUCAGAGUCGGUAUGUUGGCUACUAUGAACAUGUGGUGCGGGCCGGAGGGCAGCUUCCUCCAGAGAUACCAAUGGUUGUUACCAGAAUAACCUUACAUGGUAUGCAUUCUGUGGGUGCCGGUGAUGGAUCAGAGUUCUACUUUACUCUUCAGAGUCGAUGCCACACCAUUCCCUUCCAGGCUAAUCUUGCUACUCAAAGAAACUGCAAGGUAACAGUAGAGAAGCUGAAUGCUGUAGUGCACAUCCAGUUGGUCAAUGCCCCGGUUAUCCGUGGUGACACUAGAAUUAUGUUCUUCACUGAUAGUAGAAAGAUUCCACGUGGGUAUGAGAAGAGUCCUUUCUUCUUUUGGUUCCAUACUGGAUUCAUUAGCAAUGGCAAGCUUGAGCUGAGUCGGCAAGAGUUAGACAACCCUCACAAAAGUAAAACGUGGAAUGUAUUUCAAGAAGACUUUAGUGUUACAGUUGAGCUUGAGCGAGACUCCAUGACAAAAGCUUAUUAAGAACAUUUAUGUGGUCUGGAUAUUAGUGUCAGAUUACCUUUGUGUACAAGUCUUGCAUAAUAGUAAGCUCAGAUUGGUAACCAUAAUGGAAAAUGAUGGAGUGGCAAGAGUAUUUGGGCCUUGAGUAUAUAUGACUUGUGCAACUGAUAUUUUCAAGUCUUAUUAUAGGCUGAUAAUUAUUAGUUUUUUAAAGUUUGUUGAGCACUGUAUGCUGUUAAUUGUUAUUACUACUUCCACUAACUUAUCCCAACUAUGAUGAUUUUUAUGGAAUUUUGAUGACAUAAUGCAGGGAAAGAAUAAAGCCUAAAAAACUGCUUUUAUGAACUGUAUUGUAUUUUACAUAAUGUACAACUAAAUGGUUAAAUUAUCAUGGAUGUCAUGGCAGGUGUUGCCAUCAGUGUUAUAGUAGGUAUUGUAAUGAAUAUCAGAGCAGCUGUAGAAUAUGUUGUACUGUUAUCAUUCAACUUGAUUUCAAAAUAGUUACCAAUUUGACUAUAAAAUAUAAAGAUGAUUGCUACUAAAGCUUGCUGAUGCUAUUUAAUUGUGGACAACAAUUUGAAUAUUUCCAACGUUUGAAAACAAAUUUAUCUGAUGGAGUGCAUUAGUCUGAUGAAGUAAUUAUCAAAAGAAGGCAACAAGCCGGGAAGGCUAUGUAGCACGUAGCAUCAUCAAAGUUGUAGGGGAUUCUAUUUCAGAACAAGAGGAGGGGCAAAAGUCUCUUAUCACAUAGGUCAAAGACUUUCAAAACUUCACAAGUGGGACUUGCCAAGGAGGUAAGGAUGGAAUGACAUGAGGAGAUAUAUUGCCAACACAAACUAAAAGGGAGGCUUGUAAGAGAGACAUCUGAAUAGAAAAAGGAAGGUGGUGAAAGGGAACAGCCAAAGCACGGAAAAAGCGAGCGAGAUUGAUUGAUGAAGAUUAAGCCACCCAAAAGGUGGCAUGGGCAUGAAUAGCCCGUAAGUGGUGGCCCUUUGGAGCCAUUACCAGUAUCAUUAGUUGAUACUGGAGAUCUGUGGAGGUGUGACUGCACCUUACAGAGAGGUCAUGACCUCUCGGAAAGUGAGAUAAUUGCAAGAACUUUUUUAUUGCCAAAAAAUAUCAAUCGUGUACCCAAUGAAUUUGUGUAUACUGUACUGUAUUUUGAUGAUCAAAUUGCUUCAACCAGAUGAUGAUAAUAGUCUUGGCAUAUAUGUGAAGAGUAUGUACAUAGUAGUUUGUUUAUAUUUUUUUUUAAUUAGGUAAUGUAAAAAAUUAUUAUAUACUAUGCAGGGUACUAUAUAAAAUAUCAGAUACUGACUUUUGUAUUAAUUUUGAAGGAAUAAACGUAUUUUUUUCAUGUAUGUUAGAAAUAUGAAACAUUAGAAAAUAAUAGUUUGUAAUUUGUAUCUGUUGAUAAGUAAUAUGAUGCAAUUAUAGACUCUGCUAUUCUGUGAAGUUGAUUUACUGUAUUUGUACAUGUCAAUCUUUCACUUCCAUCUGUCUUAAUAAUUUAUUAAUUUUGUAUUAAUGUUUUUAAGAAUAUCUUGGUUUUAGACUUAAGUGUACAACUCUUUUGUAAAAAAUUUAGCCCAAUUUUUUUUGUAGUUUGCACAAUUAUGUACUGUACUGUGCUAUAUAUUUAUAAAUUCUGCUGCUGACUGAACUAUUACUGUUUAAAUUUGAGUUUAUUUAUAUGUUUCACCAAUUUUGUAUGCAAAAAAAAGUAAACACAAUACUGAAAGUUUUA